CAGAAGACAAAUAUCACAAGUUCUCAGGCCCUAGCCACCCGCUUCCCGGCAGGGCGUGGCUCCCAGUGGCUUCCCCUUAGGUGUUCCCUCCCUGACCUCAGACUGCUAAGUUCCUGCCAGAUAUUUAAGUUUCGUUUCCCGCCGCCACUGCUGGUUCUUCCUCCCGUAGCUUUUCCCCAAAGCCUGUUCUUCUUUCGGGGAGCAGAGAGCGCCAGCCAUGGACCCUAGGCGCGGAAAGGCGACGCGGACAGCGUCGAAGGCGGGAACCGAGGUCCCCAAGGUUUCGGUGCGGAGUUCGAGGGGCGCCCGGACGGAACGCAGUGAGUCUCCAGCUGCCCCCAAGGCCGCCCAGGCCAACGCGGGGAGGGGCGGCUCCGCCAGGGGGUCGGGAUCCCAGCAGAGGAAAAGCGCCCCGGACUCCAGGGAGAGGCCGCAGGUGCGCGCGCCCGGGGCCCGCGCCAAGAAGGCGCCUGUGCGCGCCGGGGACGAGGCCGGCGCUGCCGGGGCGCAGGAGCAGCGGGCUCCGGCGGAGGGGCUGGAGCCUCCCGCCGUUCCAGGGCCGCCCCUUUCCAGGACUGGAUCUCGCCGCCAGGAGGAUGCGCGCUGCCCCCGGGAGCAGAGACCCCCGCCCAGGCCCGCGAAGGUGCCCGGCUCCGGCCCGCCGGUUCCGGCCGCGAGUCUCGGCCUCAGGGAGGCGGCGCCUGGGGGCUGGAAGCUCCGGGCCGUGCUGGAGAAGUUGAAGUUGAGCCCCUCGGUGGUGUCGGCCAGGGUCGAGGUGGUGAACCGGGUCGUGGACCACCUGUUUGGGAGACUGCAGAACCGCGAGUCCGAGUUCAGAGACAUCAGCAUCGCCCCGCUGCGCACCGGCAGCUACUAUGAGCGUGUGAAGAUUUCUGAACCCAAUGAAUUUGAUGUCAUGUUUAAACUGGAAGUCCCCAGAAUUGAACUGGAAGAAUAUCGCAACAGUGGUGUGCAUUACUUUGUGAAGUUCAAAAGAAAUCUGAAAGGAAAUCCUCUGAGUCAGUUUUUAGAAGGGGAAAUAUUAUCAGCUUCUAAGAUGCUGUCGAAGGUUAGGAAGAUCAUUAAGGAAGAAAUUAAAAACAUAGAAGAUACAGAUGUCGUUGUGGAGAGGAAGAGAAGAGGGAGCCCUGCUGUAACACUUCUUAUUGGAAAACCUGAAAAAAUAUCCGUGGAUAUAAUCCUGGCUUUGGAAUCAAAGAGUAGCUGGCCUGCUAGCACCCAGGAAGGCAUGCCCAUCAGUAAAUGGCUUGGAGUAAAAACUAGGAACGAGCUAAGAGGACAGCCAGUUUACCUUGUGCCGAAGCAUGCGAAGGAAGCAAAUGGUUUUCAAGAAGAAACGUGGCGGCUAUCCUUCUCUCAUGUUGAAAAGGUGAUUUUGAAAUGUCAUGGAAAAGCUAGAACAUGCUGUGAAAACAGUGAGCCGAAAUGCUGCAGGAAAGCUUGCUUAAAACUAAUGAAAUACCUUCUAGAACAGCUGAAAAAAAAGUUUGAGAACCGAAAAGAACUGAAUAAAUUCUGUUCUUACCAUGUGAAAACUGCCUUCUUCCACGUUUGUACCCAGUACGGAGAAGACUGGCAGUGGUCCCCACGAGAUCUGGAAAUCUGCUUUGAUAACUGCGUGGCAUACUUCCUUCAGUGCCUCCGGACAGAGGAACUGAAGCAUUAUUUUGUUCCUGCAGUCAAUCUAUUCUCUCCAGAAGAAAUUGACAAAAGAAGUAAGGAAUUUCUGUCAAAGCAAAUUGAAUAUGAAAGAAACAAUGGAUUUCCAGUUUUUGGUGACUUUUGAGAUUAUAUUUUUAAAGAGAGUCAAGAAUAAUAGUUGGAAUGUUUGA